ACAUUACUUAUGUAUAUCUUGUUUCGUUUGAAGUCUAUUCAAUACUUUUUAAGAAAUAGUGAAAAAUUAUCCAACGUUCUUAAAGAAAAAUAUAAAAUAUCAUUGGAUGAUGCCAGAUAUUGUGUGAUAAAAAGUAUUAUUAAGGAACACAGUUUAGUAAUAGAUUUAAUUAUUAACGUAAAAGAUGGCUGCAGCACAUUUAUCCUGUUGGACUUCCUCCUUUCGUCUUUACAAUUGGGGGCCACUUUAUUAAAAAUAUAUCCUGGUUUUGAAGAUGAAACUAUCUGGGACAAAGUGACUGCACUAUGUAUUGUAAUAAUUAUAAACAGAACCAUGUGGUUAUUGUAUUAUUAUGGAAGUGAAUUGACAUACGAGGGCAGAAAUAUUUCCAUAAUAGCAUAUACGGAAACAGCAUGGUACGACUAUGAUAAAAAAUCAAAGGAUGCUCUGUUACUAUUAAUGUUAAGAAGUCAAAAAGACUUGUCUUUAAAAAUUGGACCAUUUGCUAUUGUUGGAUUAGAAGCUUUUGUUCAGAUUUGUAAGGCUACUUUUUCGUAUUUCACGUUUAUGAGAUCAUUUUAAUAAUAUACUAAAAUACUGGCAUUUCAAUAAAAAGGUUUACGAUUAAUAAAUGCACAAUAAUUGUUAUUAUAAAAGUAUUCUAAUAGUUUGAAUAGUAUUUCCAUCAUUAUUAAUAUUGUAGUAACACUGUAAGCACAAUAUAUCACUGUAGCAACAAAUUUUCUGGAAAUCUGGAAUCACUGGAAUAUUUAAAUAACACUCAAUAAAGUUGAA